AUGGAUAUAGAAGGAUUGGAAGAAGGAAAAAUGGAAGAAAAGAAAAACGAGAUAAUCGGAGAAAUAACUAGCAUGGAAGAAGAAUUACAAGAGAAUGAAGACCAAGAAGAAAAACAGGAGAUAUAUAGUGGUGCUAAAUGGAAGAUAAAGAACGAGUAUCUUAAAGACAUUAAGAGAAAUAGAUACAAAAGGAUAGAUGAUAAAGAUAGAACAAUCGUGAAAGAAAGAUUUAAGAUAAAUCAUAAGGGGGAAAUAGGACUAGAGACAAUAAUGCAACAAAAAGGCAGGACAAAUAAUAGGGCCCAUAACGUCACUAGAACAGCAAUGUAUAUGGUGAAAAAAGGAUACAAGAUACAGGAUAUAACUAGUAUAGGUAAUAACAAGACAAUGGUUUAUUUUAGAAACAUAGAAGAGGCUAACAGAUGUUUGGAACAGGAGGAAAAAGAAAAGAGGGAAGACAAGCUGGAAGGGAAAAAAAGACAGCAAAUCAGAAGAGGAGAUAUCCAGGAAGAAAAGUGGUCAGCGAUAUCUAAACCAAACGAUAGAAGACCAAGUACAUGUUAUGAAAUAAAUAGAUCAAAUGGAAGUGAGAGGGAAACAUAUGCACAAGUAGCGAAUAAGACAAGAUUGGAGAAACCAAGGGAGGAAUACAAUAACUCAAAGUAUGGAAAAGAAGAGGAAGAAGAAUAUAAGGAUAGAGAAUGUAAGAAAAUAAGAGAAGAAAGAGAAAGAGCAAGUAGGAAAGAAAAAUUAGCAGUGAAAGACGGAUAUGAGGAUUGGAGAGUGGAAGAAAUUAGAAAGGAGAACUAUGGAAUUGUGAUGAGGAAAUGCGAGAAGAAAAACUUGGAGGAGAACAAAGAAAAAAGAGAGGAAGAGGAAAUCAUACAAUGCCUACAUACCAUAGAAGGAUGGGAAGAGGGUAUACAAGAAAUGAAGAGAAAAAUUCAAAAAAUACUCGAAGAAAACUUAAAGGAAAGACAAGAAGGAAAAAGAAGAGUGAGAAAUUUCAGAGAAAAAGACCAAUUUCAAGCAAGAGACUUUAAUGCGCAUCAUAGAGUAUGGAAUUGCAAGAAUACAAAUAGAAAUGGAGAAAUCCUAUUAGAAGAAAUGGAAGAAAGGGAGCUGUUCACAGUAAACAACGACACAGUGUCAAGAAUGAGAGAAGGAGGAGUGAAUGACUCAAACUUAGAUAUUAUGUUUGCAACCAAAGAAAUAUAUGAAAAAAUGAUAUACAACAUCGAAGAGGAUUCGUGGGCGUCACUACCCAAUAGUGUUUGA